AUGGGCGGUAUCCCCUGGCACUCGAAAGGGUGCAUGACAUGCCGGAAACGCAAAGUCAAGUGCGACGAACAAGAGCCAGAAUGCGCCCGUUGCAUCAAGCGCGGUGUCAAGUGUCCUGGAUACGAAAAGACCCGCAUCUUCAUCCACCACCCAUUGGCGAGACGAGAGAAAGCGAAGGAAUCGGUCCCGAUCACCGAGUCUCAGUAUCAGAUUGAAUAUCAAAGUCCAUAUCAGGCCCAGAUCCAAUCUCAACAUCCGGUCCAAUUCCAAGAUCCCGUUCGAGCAAUGAUGAUGCCCAGCAAUGUGACCUCUGGACCGGUAGCGCGCGAACAGGUUUUCUCGUCCUUUACCAAUGUCUUCUUCAGCCAUACGGAGGAGGUUUCCACGCUAAAUCUGUGGCAAUAUCUCAUCUACAAUUUUGCGACCCUUCCGAAUAAGACGAAUAUGCUUGAGAGAGCCAUUUCUGCGGUGUCUUGUCUUUACAUGGGCAAGAUGAACAACGAUGAUCAUAUGUACAACUAUGGUCUGGACUUGUAUGGAACUGCGAUCCGGAGUGUGAAGAACAACAUUUAUCGAAACGCAUGGAACGCGGAAAUUGUGUAUACUGCAGUCAUUUUCCAGGAAUUGGAGGGAUACUGCUGCGCUUUCGAUCUCCGAGCAUGGUUGGCCCAUACUCAGGGAACAAGUACCCUUCUUCGGUAUUAUCGUGAUAUUUUGCCUCGAAAUCCUCUUCUUGACGCCAUCUAUAACCAACACCAGAAAAUGCGACUGAUUAUUGCUACCGCUGGACUCAACAUCACAGAAGACGAAUAUCAAUAUCUGAAACAUUCAAGCGAUGGGAUUUCGACUCCACUAUCUGAAUUACUCGCAGUCUACGCAGAAUUUGGACCGCUUUCCGCUGUCCUCAAUUCGAUUUCCCCCAAUGACCACGAAGGAUGCGAGACCCUACUCCAAAACUGCCUGAAACAAAAAGACAGAAUCACGUCGUGGUAUUCUCAAUAUGGCUACGCCAGAGGCCUCUUCGUGUGCGGCCCAGAUGAAUGCAAGACCGACGAGCUGCCCCCAACAGAGGGCUUAUUCGGUGCUGGUUACCGGUUCUCCUCACUCGAUAAUGCCAGAAUGCACCAUUGGUACUGGAACGCGCUGGCCACAAUCCAACCAAUGAUCUACAAAGCCAGAUCUCUCGUUCGAUCUUACCCGCUCACUCCUGAGAGCGGCUCUGGCAAAGCGCCAGCCGACGAUGAGGAUUAUAAAUUGUCAGAGUUCUACGCGGACGAGAUUUGCCGCACAAUCCCAUACUACGCAAAUGAUACAAAAACACUCUCCGGGAUCCGCAUGUUGAUGUUCCCAAUGAGUGGGGCUAUCAAGGUCUACAUCGGCCUCGGAAAUCGGGACAAGUUCCUCUGGUGUCAACAUGCCCUUCGUUUGAUCUCGAACCGUGGCCUAAGCUCUUCUCGUCGUUUGAGCGAGUUGUUCUGGAAUAAUUGGAAUAAUAGGACGGAUGAACUUUGUCCUGUUCCAUGUCGAUCUCUGCGAGAUGAAAUGUUGUCCUUUGAGCUUUCUACAGAGCACCAGGAGAAGGUAUUUGAUGUGGGGCAGAUGCUUGAGGAGUCUAAGCCUAAGGAAACACCAGAGAAGACUGUGGUGUCCAACUCAAAUGAGGUAAUGAAAUCAACUGAGACUCCCCAGCCACCUCAGGUGCCCAAACCCAAGGAGAAGCCGAGGCCUAGUGAAGAGCCGAAGGUCACGGGAGAGCCACGGUUUCAAGGCGAAAUUCAAUUUAUCCAGGAAGUUAUCAAGGUUUAA